GAAGCGCUUUGUCGUUCACGCAGUUGUAACAUGUUUUCACGACUCUUUCGAGCAUCAAAGCCAUGUCAGAGGGGUUCUAGUCAUCAACUGUUAUUCAUGGCGGAGUUUUCUGCAGAAAAUCAAGAAUAUAAUAAAAGUCUUAAAAGACAACAGUUUGGAAAUCGUUUUUUGACUGAUCCAAAAACUGUUUUUGAACACAAUUCAUGGGAUAAUGUAAUAUGGGAUGAGGCACAGGAGGCAGAGGCCAGGAGGACCACACAGGAGCAGCUCGCUCACCUGGCCACAGAAGCUGACCAAGAGAAGUAUGAAAAUGAAGCGGAUCAGUUUUGGGACAAAUUCUACAGCGUACAUGAGAACAAGUUCUUUAAAGAUCGUCACUGGCUCUUUACCGAGUUCCCAGAACUGGCCCCAGAGUACUAUCAGAGCACUGAAAACAAGCCCACAUAUUCUUUAAAAGAAACAAAUGUUGACACAUGUCAUUCAGAAAAUCAAAAGCCCAGUAAAGAACCCAAAGAUGUUUUACAAGGUCAGUCUGCUCAGUUCAUGCUUGCAGAACCCAAAGAUGUUUUCCAAGGUCAGUCUGCUCAGUUCAGAAUAUUUGAGGUUGGCUGUGGAGUUGGUAAUACAGUGUUCCCAAUCCUGAAGGCAAACAAUGACAAGGGCCUAAUGGUUUAUUGCUGUGACUUUGCCAAAACUGCAGUUGACAUGGUGAAGGAAAGCAAGGAGUAUGAGCCCGAGCGUUGCCAGGCCUUUCUGUGUGACAUAUCUGAUCCCAUGGCAACUGUACCCUUCCCUGACAACAGCCUCGACGUGAUCAUACUCAUCUUUGUGUUGUCGGCCAUCAGUCCAGACAAGUUUCAGUCUGUGAUAUGCCGUCUGGCUGGGUUCCUUAAACCCGGGGGUGUGAUCUUGUUUCGUGACUAUGGCAGAUAUGAUUUGGCACAGUUGCGCUUCAAAAAAGGUCGCUGUCUCGGUGAGAAUUUCUAUGCGCGAGGAGAUGGGACUAGAGUUUAUUUUUUCACACAAGACGAACUUCGAGAAAUCAUGGGCAAAGCAGGCCUCCAUGAGAAACAGAACUUUGUAGAUCGCAGACUGCAGGUGAACAGAGGCAGGCAGAUCAAGAUGUACCGAGUGUGGAUCCAGUGCAAAUACGUGAAACCCUUGCUGGGGGACACCUCCCAUGUGAAACCCUUGCUAGGGGACACCUCCCAGAACAUUAAUAAUGACACUACAGAUACGUCUGUGCAAAGUGUGGGAUCUUCUGUGUGAUGUUUGUUUGUAUCAAAGAAUUUAAAGCAAUUUAAAACAUU